CUUGACAUUCCUCCCUCCAAUUGUUAUAGGCUGGUACUUUUAGGCUCAUCUAGGGUCGGCAAGACGAGUAUUGUAUCGAGAUUUUUGAGUAAUUGGUUUGAUGAUCGGUACACACCGACUAUUGAGGACUUUCAUCGCAAAAUAUAUCGGAUCAGAGGUGAAACGUACCGACUGGAUAUACUCGAUACUUCCGGCAAUGAUCCGUUUCCGGCGAUGAAGAGGCUCUCUCUGUUGACAGGCGACUUAUUCAUCAUCGUCUAUAGCAUAGACAGUCGCGAGUCAUUUGAAGAGGCGAUACGUCUAAAGGACCAGGUGACGAAGACGAAGAGAUCCACCAACCCAAACGUCUUGGGUUCGACUCCGAGAAAAUCCAAACCCAACCAAUCAUCCCCAAUCUCGAUGGUCAUCGUGGGUAACAAGUGCGAUAGGGAGGGAGAGAGGGUAGUG